AGCCCACCGAGGGACAGACUUGAGCAACACGUGGGGCCAGCGAAAGUGCUCAUUCAGUGUGGAGCUGUUGAGUGAGACGCAUUUGAAACGGACGAUUUGUGCUGAAUUUUCUAUUCUAAGCAUUCAUAUUCUACAAAUUUAUAGCCAAAUAUACAGCUGAGGACCACUUUCAGUUGGUAAACAGCUGGAAAUUUUCCACCGGCAUACAAGGAGCUGCUAGCAAUUGCGGCAUCAAACGUGUCAAAUCUUCAGUGCAUUUUGCGCACUUAAAUUGACUUACAUAGCGUACAGGGGUGUGUGCGCAUCGAAUGACAUACAUAUUUGCCAAAUUUGUCUACCAAAAAGUAUUAAGCAUUUAAAAGUACAAUUACCUGCGCCAAAAGGGUAAUUAACUUCAGCAGUUUAUUAGUGCCAAUCUUUUGCGUUUCACACGCUGCUAUAAUCAAUUAUAAUAAUGGCAACGACAACCACCACCGAUGUCAGCACCAACGGCUUUGAAAGUGUGCCGGCAGAGCCGUUAAAGAACGCAGCUGCGGGUGUUAAUGGAGAUGAACUGCAAGAUGGCCUUUCAUGUCACGAGCUUUUCGCCAGCAGUGAUGGGCUGACUUACAAUGACUUUCUUAUCUUGCCUGGCUAUAUUGAUUUCGCCGCUGAGGAGGUUGAUCUAAGUUCACCUUUAACAAAAGGUAUAACAUUGCGUGCACCAUUGGUCUCAUCGCCUAUGGACACUGUAACCGAGUCAGAUAUGGCUAUUGCAAUGGCGCUCUGCGGAGGCAUUGGCAUUAUCCAUCACAAUUGCACACCAGAAUAUCAAGCAAAUGAAGUGCACAAAGUAAAAAAAUAUAAGCAUGGAUUCAUCCGUGACCCUUCAGUGAUGUCGCCCGAGAAUACAGUGGGUGAUGUGUUGGAAGCGCGUCGCAAAAAUGGCUUUACAGGCUAUCCCAUUACAGCCAAUGGCAAAUUGGGCGGCCGCCUGUUGGGCAUUGUUACCUCGCGUGACAUUGAUUUCCGUGAAAAUCAGCCAGAUAUUAAAUUGGGCACUAUCAUGACCACCGAGUUGAUCACAGCACCGAAUAGUAUCACACUACCUAUGGCUAAUGCUAUUUUAGAAAAAAGUAAGAAGGGCAAACUGCCAAUUGUAAAUGAGAAUGGGGAGCUGGUUGCAUUAAUUGCACGCACUGAUUUAAAGAAGGCGCGUUCAUAUCCGAAUGCAUCGAAAGAUAGCAACAAACAACUGUUAGUGGGCGCUGCUAUUGGCACACGUCCGGAAGAUAAAGACCGUCUCAAAUUGCUAGUCGAAAAUGGCGUUGAUGUGAUUGUAUUGGACUCCUCGCAAGGCAAUUCCAUUUAUCAGAUUGAUAUGAUCAAGUUUAUCAAAAAUACUUAUACAGAACUGCAAGUGAUUGGUGGCAAUGUGGUAACCCGCGCUCAAGCGAAAAAUCUAAUUGACGCCGGUGUUGAUGGUUUGCGCGUUGGCAUGGGUUCUGGCUCGAUUUGCAUCACUCAAGAAGUGAUGGCUUGCGGCUGUCCACAAGCUACUGCUGUCUACCAAGUUUCUACCUACGCCAAACAGUUUGGUGUACCAGUGAUUGCUGAUGGCGGUAUUCAAUCCAUAGGACAUAUCGUUAAAGCUUUAUCAUUAGGCGCAUGUGCUGUCAUGAUGGGUUCUCUCUUGGCUGGCACUUCCGAAGCACCCGGCGAGUACUUCUUUCAUGAUGGUGUACGUUUGAAAAAGUACCGCGGUAUGGGUUCCUUGGAGGCUAUGGAACGCCGUGAUGCCAAAGGGGCUGCUAUGUCCCGUUACUAUCACACUGAAAUGGAUCGCACAAAGGUGGCACAGGGUGUGAGCGGCAGUAUUGUAGACAAGGGUUCAGUGCUGCGUUAUUUGCCCUACUUGGAGUGUGGACUGCAGCAUAGCUGUCAAGAUAUAGGCGCGCAUACUGUUAGUGAAUUGAGAUCUAUGAUUUACAAUGGCAAGCUGCGUUUUAUGAAGCGCACACAUUCCGCUCAGGUGGAAGGUAAUGUGCAUGGCCUUUUCUCCUAUGAGAAACGACUUUUCUAACAGCCAGCUGUAAUAAGUGCUCGUACCGAUAAAGCGUUAACGGCGAAUUAUCGGACACAGGGGCGCAAUGGUGGAUCGGCGACAUAUUUACAGCGCAAUGGGUCGUUUGGAGGUGGGACGGCGGCAGUGUAUAAUUCAUACAAUACAGCAGCGGGCACAGCAACAGCACAGCGAGGUCGGCAGUAAUGUAGGCGAUAUUUAUGUAGCGGAGACUAUGAGAGCAAGAAUAGUUUUCUGAGGAGCGCAUUAUAUUGAAUUAAUGGCUGCAAUACGGAUGAAAAUCGAACUGCAGUUGCGUUGACAGUGGCAGAAAUGUACACAGAUGGAAACUAGCUAUAUUGGCAACUUCAGUUGUGUGGUUGCCGCGGAAAUUUUGGUUGCGUUAUUUUAUUUUAUUUUUUUUCAAGUGUCUUCAGUUUACAUAUGAAGCCAUGAGAGCAGAAGUGGCCUCACCAAAAUUUUUUUUUUGAUUGCUUCCCUAUUUAAAAUAGUCUCAAAUCAGAUUAAUUUUAAGCAACAGAGCUUCAUAACGUACCAUCAAAUUAAGGAAUACUUUAAAAUUUAUCACAUUUGAAACUAUUUUAAGAAGUUAAGUACAAGAAAAAAAAAUUGUAGGUUAGGCCACUUCUGCUCUCAAGGCCUGAUAUAUACGCUCAAGUUUUGGUUUCUGGUACUUCACAGUUCUAUUGCGUUGCUAUCCAUAAUCGACCCAUAAGUACCUAAAAACAUUAUUCUGUCCUAAAGUUAAUGUGAAGCUGCUGAUGUUCUUGUUGUUGUAUGUAACAUUUGUAGUUGUUAAUUGAAAAUAAGUUUAUUUAGCAAGUAAUGAUACGCAUAGCUACUUAAUCCAAAAUUAAUUCUUUAAAAA